UUAUAUAUUUUAUGGCAUGUGGGAGGAAGAAAGUGUCUCUGCUUGCGGUAGGUGGGGCGGUCAGGUGAACUGUCAAAACUUGCUUUCCUGUUUCUUGAGUUGGCUGAGUUUGCGGUUGGUUUAUACGUUCACGCAUCUGACUGAAACACCAGUCUACUUCAGCAGCACUUCAGCUCUCAACAAACCUUUUGAACUUAUAGAAGAUGUCAAUCACGGUGUAUUUCAGCAGUGUGAGUGGCUCUAGAGAGGUAAAGCAACAUCAGUCUGAGAUUUUCCAGUUCCUGGAUUCUAAGAAGAUCAAGUACCGUACUUUAGACAUCACAUCUAGCACUGACGUGAAGGAAGAGAUGAGGAAGAAAGUGGGAAACCCCUCAGCGAUGCCCCCUCAGGUCUUUAAUGGGGACAAAUACUGUGGGGACUAUCAGAAGUUUUUUGAUGCGGUGGAGGAUGGGAAACCAGAGGCGUUCUUCAAACUCUGAGCUACUAUAAGCACACCACACUAAAUCCUUGCAUUUUUAAGAGAGAAGAUUUUAUAUGUUAAGGAAAUAUAUAUUUUGCACCAUUAAAUGAAAAAAAAAAGAUUUUCUAUCAA